AGCACUGGCACCCGCGAGGAAGAAGAGACGACCACCCAGCUCCAUCAUCGUCAUCGCUUCCUUUCGGUCGAUUAAAUGGAAUGGCACGCACUCGCUCACGCAUGCAUGCGAGUUCGCACAUUGAAAAACCAACCCACUCGCAGCGCGAAGUCGAGUUACAAGUACGGUAAAUUACCGUGUGUGUGUGUACUGUACGUUCCUACAAUACGAGCACGGACAACGCUACCUCAUGAUACACACACCCCCCCCUAUGUCUCACUCUCACGAUGAUGAUGAUGUUGAUGAUGACCAUCGUUGUGAAGACCCCUCUCCCUCCCUACCUCACAUCCCUUAUGACAUGCAAGGCUGAAUGUGUUCGAGAACCGGUACGAGUUAUCGAUAAGUUAAUCAUAGCUUAAGGUUUAAGGUUAGACUAACGUUUCGUUGUUAAUCCACUGGCAAUCGGAACUUUGCAAUUGACCAGUUGAACUGAUGGAUAUAUAUAAUGCUUUUCGAUGUGAACACAUGGCAAAACAAAACGAAAAAAAAAAAAAAAACUGGGAAAAGGGAAAAAAAGGGCACACUGCAUUUUUUUAUAUUUUUUUUUAUGAGGAUUGGGUGGAGGAAAAGUGUACUUUUUGUUCCAUUUAUUUUUUUUCAUGGUGCGUGCGGGGUGGACAUGGGGGCGGCGUUGUGGUCAAUUUUGUACGGCGGUCAUGAAAUGUCACUUGGUUUUUUUGUG